CUCCCCACCCAGCAGCGGCUCUCACCCGUACCCGCGGCGCUCCUCUCCGGAGGCAAUCAAGGGGCUAUGGGUGCACCUACAGGGUCCCGGUCGCCCCGGGACUGGCCCCUCCCCCGGCCCCACCUCCACCCACCCAGCUGGCCCUUUACCCCGCAGGCUGGACUCGCCGCCGGACUGUUCCCCCACUCCUAGGCUCGCCCGCCACUCUUCUGCCCCUCCCUCCUCGCCGCCGCUCGCACGUCUGGAGCGCCCGGGCAGAGCGGGUGGCGCGCCGGGGGCAUGCGCUCCAUGAGGGCUCUGCAGAACGCGCUGAGCCGCGCGGGCAGCCACCGCCGGCGGGGAGGCUGGGGUCACCCGAACCGGGGCCCGCUCCUGGGCGGGGGCGUCCGGUACCACUUCAGUGAGGCCGCGGCGCAGGGCAGGGGGACGCCGCACAGCCACCAGCCGCAGCACACCGAUCACGAUGCAUCAAACAUCGGCAUGCUGCCUCGACUUGGUGACCUGCUGUUCUACACCAUUGCUGAGGGACAGGAACGAAUCCCCAUCCACAAGUUCACUACUGCCCUGAAGGCCACUGGACUGCAGACGUCAGACCCGCGGCUCCAGGACUGCAUGAACAAGAUGCAACAAAUGGUCCAAGAGUCCAGCAGUGGUGGCCUCUUGGACCGAGACCUCUUCCAAAAGUGUGUGAGCAGCAACAUUGUGCUCCUGACUCAGGCAUUCCGAAAGAAGUUUGUCAUUCCUGAUUUUGAGGAGUUCACGGGCCAUGUGGAUCGCAUAUUUGAGGAUGCCAAAGAGCUCACUGGAGGCAAAGUAGCAGCCUACAUCCCUCACCUGGCCAAGUCAAACCCAGACCUUUGGGGCGUUUCCCUGUGCACUGUGGAUGGUCAGCGGCACUCUGUGGGCCACACGAAGAUCCCUUUCUGCCUGCAGUCCUGUGUCAAGCCCCUGACUUACGCCAUCUCUGUGAGCACCUUAGGCACUGACUAUGUGCACAAGUUUGUGGGAAAGGAACCCAGUGGUCUGCGCUAUAACAAACUCUCCCUCAAUGAGGAAGGAAUCCCCCACAACCCCAUGGUCAACGCUGGCGCCAUUGUCGUCAGCUCCUUGAUUAAGAUGGAUUGUAACAAAGCAGAGAAGUUUGACUUUGUGCUGCAGUAUCUGAACAAGAUGGCUGGGAAUGAAUUCAUGGGGUUCAGCAAUGCCACAUUCCAGUCAGAGAAGGAAACUGGAGAUCGGAAUUACGCCAUCGGCUAUUACCUCAAGGAGAAGAAGUGCUUCCCCAAGGGAGUGGACAUGAUGGCUGCCCUCGACCUCUAUUUCCAGCUGUGCUCUGUGGAGGUCACCUGUGAAUCAGGCAGCGUCAUGGCGGCCACUCUUGCCAACGGUGGCAUCUGCCCCAUCACGGGCGAGAGCGUCCUAAGCGCUGAAGCCGUCCGGAACACCCUCAGCCUCAUGCAUUCCUGCGGCAUGUACGACUUCUCUGGCCAGUUUGCCUUCCAUGUGGGUCUGCCAGCCAAAUCAGCUGUGUCAGGAGCCAUCCUCCUGGUUGUUCCCAAUGUCAUGGGGAUGAUGUGUCUGUCACCUCCGUUAGACAAGCUGGGGAACAGCCAAAGGGGUAUCAACUUCUGCCAGAAGUUGGUGUCUCUCUUUAACUUCCACAACUAUGACAACCUGCGGCACUGUACUCGGAAGUUAGACCCACGACGUGAAGGAGGAGAAGUCCGGAACAAGACCGUGGUGAACCUGUUAUUUGCUGCAUAUAGUGGGGAUGUCUCAGCUCUUCGAAGGUUUGCUUUGUCAGCCAUGGAUAUGGAGCAGAAAGAUUACGACUCCCGCACAGCUCUGCAUGUUGCCGCAGCGGAAGGACAUAUUGAAGUUGUCAAAUUUCUGAUCGAGGCUUGCAAAGUGAAUCCUUUUGUCAAGGAUAGGUGGGGCAACAUUCCCCUGGAUGAUGCCAUACAGUUCAACCACCUGGAGGUAGUCAAGCUGCUUCAAGACUACCAUGACUCCUACAUGCUCUCUGAAACUCAGGCUGAGGCAGAGGCUGAAACCAUGUCCAAAGAGAACUUAGAAAGCAUGGUGUGAGCACAGGCCGGAGGCUGUCCCGGCUCAGGAAAAAGCAUGAGCUGGCCAUAUAUUUAAUGCACAGCCACCAAAAACACUAUGGGACACUGCUUCCAUGGGGAUCAACACAGCCACUUGGUGACAGAGGCCAGUGUUUUCUGUGAGCAUCAUAACACCCCAUUCCCUCAGCCAACAGCACACAGAAGAGCCUCAGUGGACACCUGCAGUAGCCACCCACAGAGACCUCAAGGUAUAGUUUAAUGGUUUCCUCCACUCAAAAGUAGCCUAGGUCUUUACACAGGUCCCCUUUUCCUCUCUGAAGAAGUCAUCUUGAGAACAGACUUCCUUGGAGAGAAUCUAGUCACCAUGCAUAUGUAUCUGCCACAGAGUAAGAGACGUGAGUGGGAGCCAACGCACCUGGCUUUAGAAGUCUGCAGAGAUCUGUCCCCUUAGCAGGACAUUCUGCCACUGCUGACAGCAAUUUUAUAGACAGAGAAAGUAUUUUGUGUUCAAAUAAACUUUAAUUACAUGA